CAGGGCCGCCCCCGCUGUCCCCCCCGGCCCAGGCGGGCCGGGUUUCAUUUCCUCGCUGUGACUGCUCUCCGGCCAGCGGCAGCUCAGCUCCGCGGCGUGGCCAUGCAGCCCCAGCAGGCAGACGUGUGCAUCCCGCUGCAGCCCCCCGAGCAGGGGCCGCCCCACGCCGCCGGCCCCGGCAGGCAGCCCCGCGACUUCAUCCUCUGGUCCCUCUUCAACGUGCUGCUGGGCCACGGCUUUGCCUACCUGGGCUGCCUCUGCUUUCCUGCCCUCAUUCUCUCCAUCAAGGCCCGCGACUGCAAGGUGUUGGGGGACCUGGAGGGUGCCCGCCGGUACGGCACCCGGGCCAAGGUGCUGAACAUCAUCAGCUCGCUGCUGCUGGUUGUCACUGUGGUUGUGGUCGUCAUCUUCAUCGUCGUCACGAUGAGCUAUGCGGCCUGACGCGCCCCUGCUUGCUCCCUCAAGGACUGGACUCGCUUGCUGCCCUCCUGCUGCUACGCAAGGGGCUUGUCUUCCCCGGAGGUGUACCAGGGCCCUGCUGCCUCCGCGACACGGGGGAGAGGGAGGCUGAGCUCAGGCAAGGUGCUGCCUCCUUCCUGCCCACAUCCCAGGAUGGACCAAAGAGUUUGGAUACAGCUGCUGCUCUGCCCCACCACUGUAAGGGCCGGGCUAGGUGACUGCCUCCAGCAUCCUGUUCUUCGUGGCUUGGGCACCUUGGAAGGGAGGUGACAGGUUCUCCUGGCCACACUGGUACUUAAUCCAGUCGCAACGCAUUUGUAGGUCACAAAUAAAGCUUCCUGCAAAGCCUG